CCACCCGUGCGUACGGGAAAAGCAGGUCGAAUCCCUAGCGCGGGGCGGCGCGGAGGCGACAGCGAGAGCGCGCGGCGGGGAGGCGGCGGUGGCCGAGGGCGUGCGGCCGCGCCGGCGCCCGCUCCCAGGAGGUAGACAGCCCGCCUCUUCUUCCUCCGCACGGAACAGUGCCUCGCCGCGCCGCGACAGGACGGGAAGCCCUGGCGGCGCGCACUCGCCUCCGCCUCCGCCUCGUCCUGCCACCGCUCGCGGUGCUGCUCCUCUUCGCGCUCCUCGCCGUCGCGGUGGCGCGGGCACGCGGCCGCGGAUGGAGGAACCAUGAGGGGAGGAGGAGAGCAACCUCCGCCUGCCGUCUGAGCGCGGCGUGGCGGAUGACGCGGUGGCGGAGGACGACGCCGCCGAGGACACCAGAUGGGCCGUCCUCAUCGCCGGCUCCAACGGCUACUACAAGUACCGCCACCAGGUGAUUUUGCUCGCCCGCAACCCCUCGAAAACAAACCACGCUCUCGCCGCGCGGUUAAUCGUGGCGGCACGUAUGGUUUGGUUUGGUUCGGUUUGAUCCUUCGCGUGUGUGCGCUCUUCGUUCGGUUUGAUUUGGUUGGUUUCACGGGAUUGGUUCCAUCUCCACCAACGCGCGCAAUCGCCGCAGAAGUAGAAACCCUGAGCCGUUUCGUGUUGCCGCAAAUUCCAAACGUCUGUUAAAUCUCUCGUUAAUCUGAUUCAUGAUAAACGUAAUCCACAAUUAAUUUGAGAUUACUGCCGUGAAGAGAGAAUUCGUCGUGAAGAGAGAAUUCGGCGUGCAAAAUCACACGAAGCUGAAAAAAUUGGAGCAAAAUUGCAAUAACCACUGAGAGCAUAAUUGUCCUUUUCCUCUACAAGUAACACAGAUAAAACCGGCUGUUAGAAGCAGGGGCACAUGGCUGCUUCAGAUUCAAAAAGUAGGGGUAAAACUGCAAACUCUAAAAAAGUGGGGGUAAAACAGCAAUUGGCUUCGAAAUUGGGGUACAGAUGCAAUUGCCACAAUAAAAUAUUAUCCACAUAUGGCAGUGUUCGUUUCUAAAAAAAAUAAGAAAACCAUUAACGCAUAGUUAAUUAAUUUUUAAGUAUUAUAAAUUUGAAAAUUUUAUUUCAUAUUUUAAAUCAACUUUUAUAUAUAAAAUUUUCUCAUAGAAUGUACCUACUUAAAACCAUGGUAAUAAAAAAUGAGGUAAAAUUUAUAUCUUAACGAGAAAAAAAAAUUAGAUUCAUAUUACUAUCAAACUUACGUAAUGAACUACCAGUGAUUCUUUGAGAUUACGACAGAAUAUCGCUGUAUCAGUUCACCUCCCUAACCUUUGCCUCUCACUCACACAAAGUGCAAACCAUAUUUUCGUCGGUCUACUUCUGGGAAUUCGUUGUGAGCGUGCGUCGCAACCAACCGUUUCUCACAACAGCAACCACUCACCGAACGAACCCGGCCCCUGGGCCCCACCGUUGCAGCCCAACCACACACCGACCCCACCUCAUCCCUGGCCCCACAUGUCAUCCACCCAAAUCACCCACUUGGGUCGGGGUGGGUCCCACCACAUCUCUCUCUCUCCCUGGCUCUGAUUAAUUUCUCCCCAACCCCACUCACUCGCCGCGUCGGCGACCACCACCACUCGAGCUCUAAAUGGCAGCCGCCACUAGAUCUCGCCACCAUCACCGACGACGGCGACCUCACCGCCGCCGGGGAUGAAGCGCCGCCACCUCCCGCCCGUCCUCGUCCUCCUCCUCCUCUCAAUCCUCUCCCUCUCCUUCCGCCGCCGCCUCCUCGUGCUGCAGGGCCCCCCGUCGUCGUCGUCGUCGUCCCGCCACCCCGUCGGUGACCCCCUCCUCCGCCGCCUCGCGGCCGACGAUGGCGCCGGAUCCAGCCAGAUCCUCGCCGAGGCCGCCGCGCUGUUCGCCAACGCGUCGAUCUCGACGUUCCCCAGCCUCGGCAACCACCACCGGCUGCUCUACCUCCGCAUGCCGUACGCCUUCUCCCCGCGCGCCCCGCCGCGGCCCAAGACCGUCGCCCGCCUCCGCGUCCCGGUCGACGCGCUCCCCCCCGACGGGAAGCUCCUCGCCUCGUUCAGGGCAUCGCUCGGGUCGUUCCUCGCCGGCCGCCGCCGCCGCGGCCGCGGGGGGAAUGUGGCCGGCGUGAUGCGCGACCUCGCGGGGGUCCUCGGCCGCCGGUACCGGACCUGCGCCGUGGUCGGGAACAGCGGCGUGCUCCUCGGCUCCGGCCGUGGCCCGCAGAUCGACGCGCACGACCUCGUCAUCCGCCUCAACAACGCGCGCGUCGCCGGGUUCGCCGCGGACGUCGGCGUCAAGACCUCCCUCUCCUUCGUCAACUCCAACAUCCUCCACAUCUGCGCCGCCCGCAACGCCAUCACCCGCGCCGCCUGCGGCUGCCACCCGUACGGCGGCGAGGUGCCCAUGGCGAUGUACGUCUGCCAGCCCGCCCACCUCCUCGACGCGCUCAUCUGCAACGCCACCGCCACGCCGUCCUCCCCGUUCCCGCUCCUCGUCACCGACGCGCGCCUCGACGCGCUGUGCGCGCGCAUCGCCAAGUACUACUCGCUGAGGCGGUUCGUCUCCGCCACCGGCGAGCCGGCGGCGAACUGGACGCGGAGGCACGACGAGAGGUACUUCCACUACUCGUCGGGGAUGCAGGCGGUGGUGAUGGCGCUCGGCGUCUGCGACGAGGUGAGCCUCUUCGGCUUCGGCAAGUCGCCCGGCGCCAAGCACCAUUACCACACCAACCAGAAGAAGGAGCUGGACCUGCACGACUACGAGGCGGAGUACGACUUCUACGGCGACCUCCAGGCGCGGCCGGCGGCGGUGCCCUUCCUCGACGACGCCCACGGCUUCACCGUGCCGCCGGUGAGGUUGCACUGGUGACGGUGACCCCGACGUGGGUGUAUGUGUAGCUGCUGCUGAAUUUUGUUGUAAAAUUGAAACUGAUUUCAUAUUCGAUACGUAGAAUCCCAUUGUAAUUUGUAAAUCAGGGGGAAUGGGAGGAGAUACGGACACAAGAUGUGUGUCAGAUUUGGGAGCUUUGUAAGGAGAAAUGUAGCUCAAUUUUGUUGUGAAUUUAUUCGAACCAUUGCAGUGAACUUGUUGAUCAUGGAAGCGCUUAUUGAUUGUGAA